AUGCCAUUGUUCAAGGUGUUCUUCGAUGACGUUCUCGUGAAAGAGGCAACCGUUAAUGUGUUAGAUGGUUAUGAUGCGUCCAAGUGCUGUGUAAGUGGCGACGGUCUAAAAACCGCCAUUGUUGGACAGUCUACUAAAUUUGCUAUUAACGCCCAGUCCUCAUUUCCAGGAUCACCGUUCCGAGUUAUUGCCGACUAUCCGUAUGAUCCUACUCACGUCGUCGUAACAGGUCUUCAAUCUGAGACCCAUAUAGGAUGUCCUGUUCUAUUUGACAUCGACGCAUCACGUGCUCGUGAAGCUCCAAUCACUGUUACUGUACCGCCAAUUUAUCAACAACCACUGUUGGAAAAAGACAAGGCCCUACCUCGUCUAUAUCAUGCUCGCUUUACACCAGUUGGUGAUCCUGGAAGUUUGGUGCCAGUGGAUAUCACGUAUGACGGAAAGGCCAUUCCGAACAGUCCAUUUCUGAUCAAAUUGCUUCCUGAGACCGAUGUUAACAUGAUGACAGUUAGCGCAUUGGAUGGAUCAACACGAUUUCUUGAUGUCUGCGCUUCUCGAGAAGUUGCUGCUCGUAUUGAUGUCUCCAAAUGUGGGAAAGUUACCGACUUGAAAGUACUAGUUUUGGGUCCUGACACAAAACCUCGGGACUGCUUUGUUUGCGAAACUGGCAUUCCCAAACAGUACGAGGUUCGUUGGCCAACGGAUAUGGCUGGAACCUACAAAGCGGAUGUAUUUAUUAAUGGUAAAAAGGUUGAUGAACCAAUAAGUGUACUCGCAAAGAAGUCUGGUCACAAAGAGGACAUCAAGCUAAAGGGUUAG